CCCCCUCCAGCCCCAGCUGCCGUAAAGCAGUCUCGGAGAAGAGUCGUAAAGCGUCGCGGAUAACAAACAUGGCGGGACCAGUUCCCGAAGUGGACGUGGAGGGAGAUGGAGACGACGAGGCGGCCCUCCUGGGCCUCGGCCUCUCGGGGAGUGGAGAGCUGGGUACUCAAUCCCACGUCUUCCCCGGAUGCCCAUGGGGUCUCGGUGGUGAUAACUCGGCUUGGACGUUGGAUUACUCUAUUGACGAGGAGAGCCGCGCUGUCAUCAGGAAGAUGUUGCAGGAAGAGGACUACUACCUGACUGGCAGGGGGCACUUGGAUGAGCCGAUGGAGCCCCUGGGGCCCCUAGUGUCACAAGACGUCUCAUUGAGCCCCGUGAAAAGAAAAUCUGCCAAAGGCAAGGGGAAAGCGGCCGGUAAAACAUGUGGUACCUCCUUCUCCACCGGUGGUGGCGGCAGUGGUGGUGGUGGCAGACACGGUCUCUGGAGCUCCUCGGAAAAGGCCGCAUUUGAGGAAGGGCUGGCACAGUAUGGGAAGAGAUGGACGAAGCUAUCCGAGCUGAUUCCGUCGCGCACGCUGCUGCAAGUCAGGAGCUACGCGCGGCACUACCUGAAGCACAAGCAGAAUAGGUUAACCGGCAGCGGCGACGGCUCGGAGUUCACGGCGGGUUCCUCCGGCUCGGGCUCGGAGACUGCCGUCGCUUCGGGCGACUCGACCCAGCCUCUGGUGGGCGGGCUGGCGGGGAGCGAGACGGUGCGCGUGCGGACGCUGUCCGACGGCUCCGACUCCGAGGUGGAGGUGGACGUCCUGGAGAAUGAACGGGGAACCGGCUCGGAAGCUUCCGACACAGAGGACGAGAGGGACGGUGGCGAGCGAGGAGGAUGCGACGUGACUGGGCGGAGCGGUAGCCGUGGCGACACCGCUCCGGCUGCGUCGAGCAGCGAGCUGGAUGACCACGCGGUGUCUCUCGAGCUGUGUCCGACACCAUGUGGCGAAUCUGACGUGAAACAGAGAAAGGGGAACGAUGCUGACGAUGACAGUGGCGAUGCUGGCGGGGGCGCGGGCAGCGGCGGCGGUGGUGGUGGUGGUGGAGGUGGUGGUGACAGUGACAACUGUAACAUUCCGGAAGAGAGAAACGUCGCGGACAAAUUUGAUGGCACGGAGCUCGCGGAGCCGUCUCAGCGGAAAGACGUGGACGACGACGCCGGCAGCAGCGGCGGGCGGCAGGACGACCAACACAAGAAUAACGAGGAGUACGAGGAAGAGGAAGAGGAGGAGGAGAGCGAGGAGGUGGAGGAGGAGAGGGCGGCGGCACCUUUACAGGAGCUGGUGCUGGAGCCGGAUGUGAUCACUGACGCAGAGAGGAGAGCGAGCGAGGAGUUUUUCCAGGGGAGGCCUUCAAAGACUCCCGAGCGCUAUUUAAAGAUCCGCAACUACAUUGUGGAGGAAUGGGAGAGAAUCCGUCCGCGCUACCUCAACAAGACGGCCGUGCGAUCCGGCCUCAAGAACUGCGGUGACGUCAACUGCAUCGGCCGCGUGCACACGGCUCUCGAGCUCCUCGGAGCCAUCAACUUUGGCUGCGAGCUGGCGGUGUGCAAGCGCCCGCGGGUGGUGGGUGGCACGCGUGGUGGUGUGGGGCGUGGUGGCACGGGCUGGCCUGAUGGGGCUGACGAUGAUGGUUCCGUCGCGCUGGCACACAGGCUACAGUCCAUGCGCACGAGAAAGCGACGUGUGAGAGACUCCUCGGGAAACUGGUGCAGCGAGCGCGAGCUUGAGGGGCAGACGUACGAGCACCUGACGGCAGAGGAGCUGGCGGAGAGGAGACGACGCCAGGAGGCCGAAGAGGAGGCGCGGCGAGCAGAGCGCGGGACGCGGCCUCAAAAGCGACCGCGCGGUUCUCUGUGCCCCUUCCGGCUGGUGCCGUGUUCUUCGUUCACAGCAGACAGGCCGGCUCCGUUCCGAGUUUUGGUGCGCGCAGACGCCUUGAUCGUGAUGGACAUUCACGCGCACGUGUCCAGCGCUGAGGUCAUCGGGCUGCUGGGUGGCCACUUCCACCCGGACCAGCAGCAGCUGGAGGUGUGCGCGGCGGAGCCGUGCGAUGGCGUCAGCACGGGGCUGCAGUGCGAGAUGGACGCGGUGGCGCAAACGCGGGCGAGCGAGGCGCUGCGUGCGCGGGGACGAGCGGUGCUGGGCUGGUACCACUCCCACCCGGCCUUCCCGCCCAGCCCUUCGCUGCGCGACAUCGACACGCAGGCCAAGUACCAGGGCUACUUUGCGCAGGGUGGAGCUCAGUUUGUGGGGAUGAUUAUCAGCCCGUACGACCCGGGCCACCCCUCUCCGCACUCCCAGCUCAUGUGCCUCACUGUGACUCACGACGUCAGCCUCGAAGGCCACCGUUUGCCAUUUAGGCUGCAGACGGAGAAGACGGCUUACGUGUACGAUCCGCUCGACGUGCUCACCAAGGCUAGGGCCAUCGCGGAGAAAUACUCGACGCUACACAGCGGGGUUCCUAUGCUUCACCCGUGCCGGGGCUGCGCGGAGCUCACCUACCUGCAGAAGAUGCUCGUCAGCCUGCGGCACUGGCUAGAGGUGGAGUCUGGAGAGGACGCAGGUGUGGGAGAUGGAGCGGAAGACCCUGGAGAAGUCGUCGCCGAGGUGGAAAGGAUCUUCACGGCGGUGUACGCGGCGGCGGCUGCCGAGACACUAUCGCACACUCCUGCGCUGUAGCGGAGAAGCGACUUGACGAUUAAAAUCGAUCGUUACACUCGCGAUAUUGCGCAUUGAAUCAUCCGCAUGAGGAUCGAUUAUUUACAGUUUAUGCUAGCUGUGCGCCAUUUAGUCACUGUACAAACAUGUGCAGAUAAGAUAAAUGAACAAUACAAGUGAUUUGGACAAGACCGGAAAUAAUAUUUAUCGCAACUCAAAAUCGUGACAUUUCAUUGAAUUGCCGAGGGAGGAGCAAAUUGUUACAAUGUUUUGUUUCAUUACAAUGUAUUUUAUACGUUAUUUUUAUAUUUACAACCCCCUUAAUUUUUUUUUACUGAGAUAACGAUGUCCUGUCCGUGUGUGCUAGCAGGCGCAGUCAUUAAAACGACAGUGACACUGCAAUAUGGAGGCGUUUAAAGUUUGUAAAUAAUUGAUUGUGUGCAUAAGCAUUGUGGCACAGUUCACGUAAGCAAGAACCCGAGUGAGUAUGUUGUUGAUGUUUACCUAAUAAAACAAAGCAACGCAGUA